AUGGCAGAUUUUGGUUGGUUUCGGAUGGGGCAGCGUUCUUAUGCACCCAACGCUCCUCAAUCGCCAACGUCACCUAGAUCCGACCCGUCUCGAGUUCCUAGUCAUCCGAGCCUAGCUAGCCACUCUUCCUUUUCUCAUGGGCCUCUAACUGGCAACAGCGAUACCAGCUUACUUGUCCGCGAGCAGGAUAAGAUAUGGACUCGCGGCAUAUUGCAACCGAUUCCCAUUGAGUAUAACUCGUAUAUCCUACACCUGAUCGAAGGAUUCGCUGAUGCCCAGGAGCAAAUUCAAAAGGCUGACAUUGACCGUGCCGAGGCGAGGAACUCGCUCGAGCAUCACCUGGAACACUUCAAGGCAGUAGCUGAUGAGUGGCUAGAGCGCGAGCACCAGUAUAAAGCUGAAAUCAAGAGGCUCGAGGUCCUACUAUCAAGAACAUCUCGUGAUGGACUAGAAGCGGUCACUCUUGCCAGAACUAACAGUGUCAUUGAUAGGAAUGGCCCCCAGGCGAAGCAAUUCGUUUCUAAACUGAAGCGUCUCGAUAUGUCGAGUGAUCUACCCUACGUGGCAGACAAGCAUACGUCUGAUCCCACAACCAAGGUUCUAGAUAGAGCCAACGACUUCCUCGUGAGCGAGAAGAUGCGACGACAAGAUGCCGCCACCAACGCCACCAUGGCCCGCGCUGAAGAUAGGUCGUCACGUCAUGAGAUAGUACUAGCUCAAAGGCCGAUUAACAACACUUUGGUAACUAAGAGGAAGACAGAGCGUCCGAUCUCUCUAGUUAGGGACACUGAGCUACAACCUCUGUUCUCGGAUGACGUAUUCGACGUAGCAAAUGUGAAUGAUAAGGAGCUAAGAGAGUCAGAGGAGUCUCCACCUCACGGAAGACAGAGUAGGCGACAUAUACUAGAAAAUCUAUUGGAUUGCGAGACAUCCCAGAGCAGUGGCAAAGACAUGCCCAUUGGAGGGAAAGUGGGCAAACGAUCGAGUAUAGCUGGGCUUAACCAAGCGCUUGAAGGCCCGAGCAUUCACAGUCUAGACUCCAGACAUUUGAGAGGUUUGUCGAGCAUGUCAGGAUUCUCCUUUGUACCUGGAGAUGAUGCUUCUCCUAUCCUCCUGAGUAGUGGAGCUAGAGACGAGACUACAGUUGCGAUUCCAAUUAGGGAGGGUGGCAGCAGCCACAACGAUAAUGACGACUAUAACAAGGAUAUAAUCGAAUUACAGCAAUACGCCCAAGAAGAUAAGGCAAACUCCAUGCAUGGGUUGACAACGUCAAUGAGACCGCUAGUUGUAAAAAGGGUCAGUGGGCAAGAAUCCUCCGCGAGAAAAGAAGGCAAAGUGAUCUGGGCUGUCAACGAAACGAAGUCGGUAACCGGCCAGCGCAGUUCCUCAACAGAGAUGCGCACGGCACCGCUAGUGGACUACCAUGAGGACAGAUCCCGAAAUUUCAACUCGGCGUCAAAGUUCAGCGUUGGACCAGCGAAACUAUUACCGCAACAGCGGACCGGGGAUGUGGCAUCUGAUGACUGAAUCACAGCCAUGGAUUCUGCAAAGAAAACGCCACUCAGCAUGGUCCAGAAGGGUUUGCAAGCACUUAUUUCGGGCGAUCGGCACGAGCCAUUCCCACAUAAGUUUACGCGAUUUCCAAUCCCAUCCUGACUGUAUUCCUCAUCGGCCAAACUUAGCUGAAGUCAUAUGAACGUUAUUUUCCUCCUCCUUCUCCCCCUUGGCGAUGGAUGCCUAUGUGAGGGAGGUGACCGGGGGAAAUGGAUGUGAAGAUGGGGCACGGAGUACCUGGUGCGUGCACGAGAUUUCGCAGGGUAUUCGCAUUGUAGCCCUGUGCUCGCUGGGCUAGGACGAUUCGGCCGAAAACCUGCUCACGGACAAUAGACCAAGAAGAGGCGUCACAGUUGUUGUGUGUCAAGGCGAAUUGGUGGGGAAAUCAGUUAGUUGGAAGGCAGAUUAAGGUGGCUUGUUUGGCUUGCUGUGGAGGACCUGGGCCAUCAAUAUCAAGAACAGAAGGAAGGACACUUAACGACAACCGGCUUCUCCCGGAUUUUGUCGUACGUAGAUCCAG